UCUUUUUUAUCCGGAUCUGUGUGUGGUGUCAUGGUGUGUGCACUCUCAAUAAAAAACAUAUCCCGCGAGUUCUUACGCAGCAAAGACGAUCGAAACGCAUCGUGUUCGAGCGUCGCGUUAUCGCGCGGCAUGAGCGUUUUUCUUUCCGCGUGAUGUGCGUUGACGUGCAGCGACUGCUUCAUAUCUUCGAUAAAUUUCUCUAAGUUUUCAUCUUUUUCAAAUAGCACAGUUCGUGUCAAGUUUCGUCUCAUCCGAUGAUACAUACUGGAUAUAUAUUUGAUGUAUUCAACAGCGAUCGGGAAAUAAAAAAUUUCACAGCAGCGGUGCGUUGGGAUUGUUACGCGUGCAUCUACAAUGUGAUUUGUAGAAUGUGCUUGUGGAACAACUUGAACGGGGAAACAACAUCAGCGAAAUUUAAAUAAAAUGCGUAGUUGAAUGAUGCGCUGUAAAACGGUGAUCUUGCGCUAUCACAAUCAUGACAUAGUCUACGACGGAAGAUGCAGCACGGGGAAGGAGGAUAGAAGACGCGGAAAGCUUGAAAAAUUAUAUGUACAGGCAACAGACGCCUUACUUUUGCAUCCCAAAGACGCCUGGCUACAAUAAGAAGCAGAAGUGGAGACGGACACGUGUGCGGAAGAAUACGCGGUCCAUAUCCGGUCCGCCAUUUUGGCGGCAUGGUCCUUUGGGCCACUAUACUAUUUCUCCAAGGAGUUGGAUUCCUAGGCUCGGUGACGGGCAGUCCCGGCGUUCCAGAAAACAUAACAGUAAUGUUCCUGAAUCCGACGUCUGUGCGUGUGUCUUGGAGCACCAGCCAGAUCGAGCCGAUCGAAAAAUACGACGUUACGUACAGACCGACCGAUGCCAGUUACAGGGUGGUGGCGGUAGUCGCGGGAAAUAGCGAAGCGGUCACCUUAAGCGGUCUACAGGCUGACACGCAAUAUCAGCUGGUUGUAACCGCUGUGAGAGCCGGAAAGAAAUAUCGAAGCCGACCGAUCGUCUUCCGUACACUCGGUAAGCUUUGCCUUCCUAAGCUUUACCUGUCUCCGGCAUCACGGUCACACGUGACAGAACCACCACGCACGUCUCCGCAGCAGGAUGCGGCGGUAACUGGUGGUCCUCUUCCACCGCCUCCACCGUCCUCGCAACAACCUCAACCGUAUAUACAAAUCCGCGGCGUUGAGGUGGGCAUAGUCGUGUUAGUGCUGAUAGUCUGGGCGGGUGCGAUAGCGCUGUUCUUCAAUCGCUGGGGCAAGAUCCGCAUGCUGCUGCCUUAUCAGCCCGAUUAUAAGGAGCAGCUGAAGGUUCCUGGUACCGGGGUCUGCUCGGCUGCGAACUCCGCGUAUACACAGCACCCGACGCAGCACGCGUGUUCUCAGCAUCUGCACUGGUCGAGCCAUCACGUGGACUCCUUAGACAGCGGCGGAGCCUUGGGCUGGCCGAGAACCUCGAGGCCGCGCGUCAACAGUGCAAUCGACGUAGCCGGCUUCCUGUCGCAGGAGUUUCUACGACGACACGGAUCCACGUCCAAGUUGUGUCGCAAGGUUCGCAGUGCAGAUAACUUGCCUCUCGCGUCAUCGAAUCGCCAACAAGAUCCGCGAAGAAGCUCCAAGGACGAAGGCAACGAAGGCGACCUUCGGGAGUCCUUCUUGAAGCCGAUUUGUCAGGACGACAAGUCCAUCGAGGAUCAGGACUCGAGAAGGCAGAGCAGCGUCGAGAGCACAACGAAAGAUAACACGGAAACCUCGCUCUUGGAUCCUAGUUAUCAGCAGCCUUCUUCAAGAGAUUCUCCGAUAUCAUCUUCGUCGUUAAUCACCAAACGUUUCGGAGGGUGGCGUAGUAGCGGAAGUCACGAGUACGUUAGAUGCCCCGUGCGACAACCUGCUUCCAUGGAUGAGCGGUGUUAUCGGCGAACGUGCGAGAACGACGUCACCCGCUUGCCGCGGUAUCAUCAAUAUCGGCGGCGCAUCGACGCCGACCGACACUCAAUGAGCUGCGACUACGCGAAACAACGCGUGACCACGGAAUCGAGCAUCGAAGUGCAACACUUCGGACUGCCGAUUCUAAGCGUGAGCGAGCCGAGUCCGCCGGACGAGAACGAACGCGUCGACGAGUACUUGUAGGACUUGCUUGCCGAGGACUUCCUUAAGGAGCUCCUCGUGUAAACUCCCGGCCAAUCCGCCCGUCACCCGGUUUCAAUCCUUCUCCCCCGGUUUUUCCCUUUGAUCGCGCGCACGAAAACUGUCCGCCAUUCUCGCAUCCACAGGCAUAUAUAUAUUUUACCUUCCUCUGUAAAACAAUUUUCUUAUUUGUUAGUUUUCUUUUUCAACAGAACGUUAUCGUAAUCGUUCUGCGACGACAACGUUGCGCGACGCCGGAAAUAAAAUUGUACGAUCGGUUCAAAUGAAGUCCGUCGAGAGAGCACGGAGAAAUAAACAAAAUGUACAGUCGUUUCAAAUUAGAUAUACAUAGUUUGACCGCUUGCAUUGUACAACGUUGUAUACAGGCACACGUAUAUAAAAAACGGUUUAUCAUUGUACGAUAAGAAACAAAUGCAACUGGUCGAAGAAACUAAAAAAAAAAAAAAAAAAAAAAAACCUGCAUAUCAAAGCGCAUUACAAUUUAUUGAAGCUGAUUUUUUUCGUAUCACACGUCUCUUCCAGAUAAUAAUGAGUUAAGACUUGCGCGUGCAAAAAUAAAAAGUAACUUUUCACGCAUAAAUAACGUCUAUUAAGCUUAAAUAGUAUUCUCUAAUAAUUCUUUCUCUGAUUCAACAACUCUGUAAAUUCGUCGUAUAUGCUUUGUACGCAGAAAUAUUACUCACAAGAAGACCGAGUUUCACGGCAAUUACUUUCCCGAUUAUUGAAAUCGAACUCUCUUUUGCGGGCGCAAAAAUGUUUGCCAUGCGAAUUCGAUGAUUCUAAUUACACGUGUGUCGUAAAUAUAUUAUAUUCGACGUGUAACAAAUGUAACAGGAAAAACAAGACAGAGAAAUUACUUCGUUGUAUCUAUAUUUUAGUAGAGAAAAAAAACAAUUUGCAUUAGAGCGAGUUCACUAGAAGAAAGAGAGAGAGAGAGAGAGAGAGAAACUCUAUGUUAAUCUAUUUCUAAAAAAAACAUUGAAUCAGCUAUCGACAUAUCUACGAGUAUUAUAGCGGGAGUUUAUAAGAGAUCACGUCUUUCAAGAUAUAAAUCCGUGUUGCUUGCGAGUGUGAAAUUUUUUCACUCAAAGUGCACGCAUGCGGAAACGCAAAAUUCUUUAUAUAAUAUAAAAAGAAAAAAGCAUUAACAGAGUUUAACACGCGGAAUAAAGAAAAAACCUCGCGAAACUUCCUCUCUUCGAUAAAAGGGAGAAUAUAUAUCGAGGAGAUUUAUCUCCUCCCGGGGCAAUCGACUUUAUCGCGCUUUAUCAGGGUUUUAUCACAAAAAUGUGGGAACAAUAUAUAGAUCGUGUGUAAUAAUGUGUGCGACAGAGAUUCGUGCGAACAACACGCGCAUCUGCCAUCCAGAACAUUUUGUAAUAUACGUACAUAUAUACAUAUAUAUAAUAUACAUAUAUAGCGUCCUUUAUCGAUUUAUUAAAAAGCUGGCUUUUUCCACGAUUAAAAAGUCGCUCCUACGCGAAGCACGUGCCUCAUCGUUGCCGAUCUUCCUUCGACUUUAGAUCUCUGGACCAAUCGUAAGUAAAAAAAAAAAAAAAAACACGGGGCCAUUCUAAGAAUACUAAUGGGAAUGGAAUUCUAUUCACUUAUACACGCGCUCUUCAUUAUAGAGAGACAUAUGAAAAUUAUACGAUCAAAUUUCUCUCGAAUAUUUGCUGGAAAAUUAAAUUCGCAUUUGGAAUUCCUCCUAGUCUCUCGUA